AUGGUUAUUACCUUUGAUAUAGUUGGUUAUGAAGCUUUUGAUGAAUUUAUGGCCAAUUUUAGUGGAAAUCAUAAAUUGGUGCAUAUAUUUUUUACUGCUUCAAAAUGCCCAAAUGGCAAGAGUUGGUCUGAAGAAUGCAACAAAGUAACUCAAAUCAUUAAGGAUGUUAGUGAACACUGUGAUCCAGAAUCAUUUAUAAUCAAUGUGCAAGUUGGGGAUCAAUUGGCUUGGAGAGAUCCUGAUAAUCCAUUUAAGAAAGAUCCCAGGACCAAUUUACAAGAAAUACCAACCAUACUACGAUGGAAGUUAAAUUAUAAACUACAAGGAGAUCGUUGUUUGGAAUCAAAUAAUCUCAAAAAAAUGUUAACAGGCGAUGAAAUUUAA